UUGCACUCAAAUACAUUUGAUGUCACCGAACUCGAAUGGCUACGACGUAAGGCUGUUCCUUCAUCGGAUGAAAGUGCUGCGGCUGAGGAAGCGGCACCACAACUUGCUGAGCAAACGGCAAACGUGGAUGCCGUCGUGAAUACCCCAGUUGUUGUUGAUUCAAACGAUGAUGGAACAGUCGCCCAGGAACUGGAACUAGAGCAAAUGAGGAGUACAUUAGAAGAGGCGAUUGUGGAAACGCGUAGUACGCCUCUCGAAAAUCGACCGCGCAUCCCUUUCCCGCAUAGCCCUAAGCAAGCGGAAUCGGGCUGUCGUGAGGGCUCUGAACACAAUGCUGUGACCUAUUUGGAAGCCAGCCGGGGCCUUUGCGAGGCGGACUUAAUUCUUUUUGGCGCCGCUCUGGAAGUCUGCCGUAUUAUAGGCGCCAAACUUUCCACGGCUGGACGCGCUACUGGACAAAGUAGUGCUAUCCCAGCCUGGAGAAUAAUAAUUGAAGAACGUAUCGCAAAGGCUAGGGCCCUCAUCGGUAGACUGAUAUGCUUCUCUUAUUUCUAUGAAGUUGUGGCGAGUCAGUGUGCGGGUAUUACGCCCAUGGACCCCGUCAUCAUGAUGCCGGAUGACGUAGCUGAGGCGGUCCGUAUGGCCCCGAACUGGAAAAGUCUGGGGCUUGACGGGCUGCAUCACUACUGGCUGAAGGGGUUCAUGAGCGAUGGUUACCUCAUUAUUAAGCUCGGUUUUGAGCUUUAG